AUGUCCCAGUCCUCCCCUCAGCAGACAACUCCGAUAUCCAGAUCUAUACGCAAUGUUGGACUGAAUCCUUCUAGUACGGCGGGAACAGACUCCAGCCUCUUUUACGAGUUCUGUGACACCGUCCGCAGACUCUUACAGCACAUCGUGUUUAUUCCCCUGCUCACCCUGAGGCUGUACAUGCUUCCUCUGCUAUACAUAUCCAGCAAACUUGCCACACGCAAUGACGCCUGGCACACUACCACCUGGCACUUUCUGCGAUAUCCCGGUCGCACGCUGGCCUUAUGCGCCCGUGGUUGUAAGAGAGAUGGCAAUGUGUCACUGGUAGAGACAUGGAAGAACAUCCGGAACUGCAUCUUCACCACUCUUGGAGUAGUCAGGGCACUCUAUUCUCUGGGAAAGCUCAUUGGCGAUGAUCCGAAUGUCUUGCAGCCUGACCCCGUGCUGUUGCUUGGCGCGCCUGAUAGUGCAAUAGACGUCCGCAGCCAUCGCGAAAGGGAUUCAAAAGUCUUCGAGAGUGACUGGGCAGACUCUCAACUGGAGGCGGCAGGAAGGGCUUCCCAAAUCUACCAUGCGGCACUCCACAACGGAAGUACUCUGGACGACAUCCUCGCCGCGUUCGAAAGAAAUAUGAAAACUCCACCGGCGGCUCAGAAUAGCCAGCCCCUGAUCUGUCAAGGUCCUCUCGACCCAACCGAAAACCGUGCCGAUGACCAACCGAACCUGCUAGAUCCACCUGCAGAACAUCGUUACCGUACUGUCAGUAUUCAGACCACCCCUGAAAAAAUGUCUCAGUCGAGAAGGGAUACUGAAAACCCCCCCUAUUCUGUACAAGAAGAAGGGAAAGCGGGAGGGGAAGAGGAGCUCCCCACGCCAGUCGUCGAUACAGAGGGAGGCCGGAAAAGGGCUCAUGUUGAAGACAGGCGCGAGGGCCAUGCUAUCGGGAGCAGCCCGCACGCUUCCAUGUGUCAUGAUGGGCACCACAACUCGGCAACAAAGACUGAAGCGAGAGGUGUCGCCACUACACUGAAACGGUGUCCAACGUUUGUCCGUAGGCAGACCAAAGCUCGUGUUCCAGAAAGACCCGUGAGUGGUGAUCAACGAACCCUGGCCGUUCUGCAAGAACGAGCUGCGAGAUCAACUCCAACGCUAGCCUUGAGUUCGCCCACCAGGCGCGCCAAACUCCAACGCAAAGUUAGAGUGUAUCAGGAUUCUGGAAAAGAUAUUGAAUUCCUGAAGGAUUGA